AUAUAAUGAGAAAAUUGCCAGAAAAAUUGGGAUCUUACACAAUGUACAAUGCAGGGUUGAAGACUUCCAUCCAGAGUGCCUUAUAUGAUUCACAGACAUGCGCAGAAUUUGAGAUGAAGUGGGGGCAACUUAUUCAGAAGUAUGGACUUGAUGAUAAUGCUUGGUUGCAAGGGUUGUACAACGAGAGGUCGUUCUGGGUACCGGUGUACCUUAAGGGAGUGUUUUGGGCUGGCAUGAGCACAACUCAGAGGUCUGAAAGUAUGAAUGCUUUUUUCGAUGGAUUUGUGCAUUCUGGUACCACGUUAAAGGAAUUUGUCGAUCAAUUUGACAAUGCGCUCAGGAAAAAGGUGGAGUGCGAGACGACAGCUGAUUUCAAUUCCUCCAACCAAACCAUCCCAUGUUCAUCGGCGUUCCGCAUUGAGAAGCAAUUUCAAUCGCUGUAUACAAGUGCAAAAUUUAAAGAAGUCCAAAGAGAGGUGUGGGGAAUGAUUUUAUGUAAUUGCAUACUUAUCAGCAAGGAUGGUUGCAUUUCAACGUAUGAUGUUUUGGAUGAGAUUACCACUGAUGAUGACCACAUUAAGAGCGUGAAGUACACAGUUUACUUCAACCAGGAGGAAGUUGAUGUUAAAUGCACAUGUGCAUUAUUUGAGAUGAGGGGGAUUCUUUGUAGGCAUGCAUUGAACGUUUGCCAGAUGAAUAAGAUUCAUGCAUUGCCGGAUAAGUAUAUCUUGGAUCGAUGGCGGAAGGAUAUAAAGAGGAGAUAUACGGUGGUAAAAAGUAGCUAUGACGACCUGCGACAGAGUGCGGACUCAAGAAGGUAUGAGUUCGUGGUUAAACGGUGCCUCACUUGGGCAACCCGUGUUUGCCCAAGUGAUGACCAUGUUGCUGCAUUCAUUUCCCACUUGGAAGAAUUUGAAAAUAAAUUUAAAGGAUUAACACUUGAGUCCGGUUCCAGCAAGGUAAAAGAGACUAUGGUCACGGACAAGGGUAAGAAAAUCUUAAGCCCCCACAUUGUUCGAGGGAAAGGGAGACCACCAACGAAAAGAAAGGUUCCGCCUGUGGAGAAAGCUGCAAUGAAGCGAAAGAAGAAACCGACUUGCAGGAAAAUAUUUGAUGAUGCAUCACAGGAGGCUGAGGUAUCGGAAGCUCCAGGGGCUGAUAAGGUUCUCAGUGGUCGCCAGGAUGAUAUUGUUGUUCUAACACAAUGCAGUACUGUCACCCAGCCAUCACCAUCAGUUAAUGAAGAAAAAUGACGUUAUUUAUGGAAAUUUGCUUUUUGAUGAGAGGAAGGGUGUGGUCAUGUAUUUUUAAGGUUCUAAUGUAUUUUGAAAAAUCUUGGUCGUAGCCAUAGUAAUUGGUGUGAUUUGUAAAAAUUGCCAUUAAUAUAUGCACGUUUGCCAUAUAUUGAUAUUGGCAUUGUAGGCAUGCUAUGGCAAGUAGCCAUAGUAAUUGGUGUGAUAAGUAUAUCAACCAUUAAUAUAUGCACGUGCUCCAUAUAGUGAUAUUAGUCCGGUUAUUUGUAUGGUUGUGAUUAGGUGAAGCUGUAUACGCCUAUGUUCAACAUUCAGUCCGAAUCUAUUUUACAUAUCAUAAGUUUACAACCGGUUCAACAUCUAGCCAUGUUAAGCAUCUAGCAACCUAUCCAGUUUACAUACCAAAAGUUUACAAACUAUUUGGACUUGAUGUUCUCCCUUCCCAACAAAA